AUGAUAUCAAACUAUUUAUGUACAAGUGCAAACUACAGCUGUGGAUUCGAGACUCCAGGAUGUGUUUUUCAGUUUGUUACCCCUAUUAGUGAUUAUGUAUGGUUAUAUAAUACUGGUCCGACAAAUACGGGGGGAACUGGGCCCUCAGGAGCAGCCGAGGGAAGAAUUUACCUAUACACAGAGGCCAAUAAUGGGAAAAAAGGAGAUACAGCUAUACUCACAACAGAAGCUGCUAACUUACCAGCUUGUCCUUAUUGUCUGUCCUUCAAGUACCACAUGAUGGGGCCUGAAGCUGGAUCAUUAGAAAUUUGUGUUGGAGAGAAAGGAUUACCCUAUGGAAGAAAAUGGGAAUACAUAGGAGGAUUAAGCCUUUCUCACGAUGAUUGGCAAAAGGUUACUCUAAACAUUCCACAAUAUUGUAAUCCUGUAUUCACCAUAAUGAGUACCAAAAAUGGAACAAUUGGUGAUGUUGCCAUUGAUGAUAUUAUCCUCAGAACUGGUGUAUGUGAUGCUUGAGAGUACACAGACAAAAAGAGAAGACAUAAUAAUAAUUGGAUAUUGACAGUUAAUAACAAAUAACACUGAUCUUGUUAUAUUUAAAACAUUGUGUUAUUUUGUAACAUUGAACAUGAUAUAUUGAAACCAUGGAAUUAAAAUUAAAAGAACUUAUUCA